AUGUCGGCCCCUCUGCGCGGGGGCGGGCCCUCAGGCUUGCCAGGGUGGCGUGCCCCGCGCGAGGGCGACCUGGCGCGCGGGCGCCCGCGGGACUGGUGCGACAGCGGCUCCUGUGGGUCCUGGGAGUUGGUCGGCACCUCCUGGGCGUCCUUCGGGCGCACGGCGGGCCUGACGUCGUCGGCAAGCUCGGAGAUCGAUGGCGCGUCCUCGCUGGAAAGCGAUGAGGGACUGGCGUCCGCUGGCGCGCCGCGCGAGCAGGCUGCCCUUGACGAGGUGGCCGCGGCCUCCGAGUGCGCGCCGCUCGUCGGGUGGUGCCCCCGCGGCUCCAUGGAGCUGGACGCCGUGGUCUCGCAGGAGGCGGCGGUGCGCGCGAGGGCGGCGGCCUCGGCCUGCAGCAGCGGCGCCUCCACGCCCGGGCGCCGGGGCCCCUGCGCCGGGGGCGCCUCGCUGCCAGACGUCGCCAUGAGCCUCGAGAGCUUCCUGGAGGAGGAGGUCCCGGCAUUCCCAUUCUCCAACGGCGCCAAGGACACCUGA